AUGCUUUCCGAUUUCGUCAUGAAAGGAAAAAUUACUGGCGAUGACUCUUGGAUCUAUGCUUAUUAUCCCGAAACAGACGAUCAAUUGGCCGAAUAUCGUGGUAAAGGAAAACAAUUUCAUGCAAGUGAUGGAUGGCUUGCAAAUUUCAAGAAAAUAUUCGGUAUUCGCCACUUAAAAAUUUGUGGGGAAAUCCACUCAAGCGACAAGUCAGGAAUAACACCAUCCAUUCAUAAUUUGCGGGCAAAAGUGAAKGAAAUGGAAAUUUCGGACAUGCAGCUUUAUAACGCAGAUGAAUCUGGAUUAUUUUAUCGUUUCCUUCCCGAUAAAAUAUUUGUCGGGGCAAACGAAAAGACGGCACUUGGCCGAAAAAUAGCAAAGGAUAGAAUCACAUUUAUGUUGUGUGCGAACGCAGAUGGUUCGCAUWAGUUGAAACCAUUGAUAAUUGGURAAUCCGCAAACCCCCGUUGCUUCAAGGGGUUUGAAAACCCAUUGGAAUAUGCUAACUCGCAAAAGUCUUKGAUGAAUUCAGAGCUAUUCUUCCGCUGGUUCCAUCAUUCCUUUAUUAAGCAGGUUCGCAAAUUUUCUGCUGAAAAUAAUUUACCACCAAGGGCAUUAUUGCUGAUUGACAAAAGUACUGGACAUAAGCCAAUUGACAAGUUACAGUCAGAUGAUGGAAACAUUGCGGCAAUGCUUUUACCACCUAACGUGACAGCUGUUUUGCAGCCUAUGAAUCAAAAUCCCAUAAGACUGGUCAAUUCUCACGAUGAUACACUUCGAGAGGUACAAUCGUUAUUGUCCAAGGUGGGUGGUGUUGACGUCAGCAGUGAAGAUAUCGAAAAUUGGAACGACGAUCAAAAUACGGAAGAUGAUGAAGAUUUCGAAGUGUCUGACAAUGACGAUGAAGAACCAGUUGUCGAGGAAGAUAUGCAACAACAGAAAGUCAGUUUUUCCGAAGCAGUUGAAUGCAAAGUGGUAUAA